AGGUGUAAAGUCCAAUCUGGCAACCCUGUUUGUGAUUAGCUUAGCUGAGGCGCUGCAUCCUUUCAAACCCGGAGUGGAGACGCCGAGUGCGAGUCUGUCAAACUUUUCCCACAGCAGACGUGGAGAAGAAACUAAAAACUAACUAUGUUGCUUUUUAAAGCGCUCCAGUCUCUCCUUGUGCUGUUUUAAUGGUGUUUUACGACUUUUAGCACUCCAUUUCGGGCUCUUCCUCCUCUGGUUUAUCGAUUACAGGAGCUCCACGUCGUUCCAAUGACUUCAGGACCAUAACCGAUCUCCUGCUUCAUUUUGGACCCCCUUCUCCUGUGAAAAUGGCCGACAUUGCCGGGUUUGUCUCUGAAGAACCAGCGAAAGGCCCAGGAGAGCUGGAUCCGUGUCUGCUGGAAAUUGACAGGACGUAUGAAAUCGUCCCCGCUGUUAUCUCCUCCACAUGCUGCCUCUUUGGAAUUAUCUACUGCUUCUUUGGUUACCGCUGCUUCAAAGCCAUCAUGUUCUUGUCGGGUUUGUUGUUUGGCUCGGUGAUUAUCUUCCUGCUGUGCUAUAAGGAGCGAGUGUUAGACACACAACUGAGCAUAGAGGCAAGCGCUGGAAUAGGCCUGGGCAUCGGGCUUCUGUGUGGCCUCGUCACUAUGCUAGUGCGCAGCGUCGGCCUCUUCAUGACGGGUAUCCUGCUCGGCCUGCUCCUUGCCAUCGGUGGCCUUUUGCUCGCACACCAGCUGUACACACCCAGCACCUUGUGGGUGCCCGUAGGUGUCCUCCUUGGCACUGGCAUGCUGUGUGCCGUUUUAACGCUUCAGUGGCAGAGGUUUUUCACCAUCAUCUCCACAGCUGUGUUUGGCGCUGCCAUCAUGACAGUGUGUGCUGAUUACUUUGUGGAAUUGCUGAUGCUGGUUACACACAUCUAUAACUGUCUGCGCCUUGUCCCUGCUCCCGCACCGCUCUGCUGGUACAGCUGGGUCAUUCUGGGCAUCUGGCCUAUGCUCAGCAUUAUGGGAGGAUUAGUGCAGUGGAAGCUCACCGCCGAAGGUUUUUCACACACUGAAGUGAUCAUCAGUAGAAGGCAGAAGCGAUUGCAGCUGAUGAGAAUAAGACAGAAAGAUGUGAAAAAGCUGCAGCUGUCUGCAGGUCAGGAGGGGACGUAUCGCCGUAAACCCACUCCUGUAAAACGCUACGCUGGAGAUCUUCUAGCUCCAAGUUAUCUGCAGAGUCUCCGGGAGCGUCAGAUGGGCACCGGCACGUCCCUGAGCAGCCUGAGUACCGCCAACCAUACCAUGGUGGAUAUGGAUUAUGAUACUGGAUCUACAGUUCCACUCACACACACCACAGCAGCAGCACGCACCUGAAUAUGAGCUGCAUUCGUCAGUGGUUAAAGAACUAACUGUCCGGAUAAGGAGAAAACAAGAUUGCGUGGUACUUCAUAGUAAAGUCAGACGGUAUGACUGAGAUUUUGGUCAGGUCCGAAAGUCCACUGCCAAGAACUGUUAUUUCAUCACGUUUAAAACCUUAACACAGCCCUGUCUGAUUCAAAUUAAGACUCUAUCAUUCACUAAUAUUAGGCAGAGAAAGUCUUAUUAAUUUAAAGCAGUGGGAGUUUGUGUGUGUGUGUGUGUGUGUGUGUGUGAUUUAUAUAAAGUGUGUGAGAACAUUACAUUUAUGUAGAUUUAAAUUUUACACAGUGAAUUUUUCAGACAGCUACACACCGGAUCUGUCCCAGUUUUAAAUCUGCAGUGUAAAGAUUUCUGAUCAUUGCCAUGCAGUGAAAUUUGGUUGUAGGUGAAUGUAUACAUCUUUCCAGCCUGAAAAUUGGCUCAGCUCACAGCCAGAACAGAACUGCUCAGCUCUCCCCCUUUUUCAGCAGGCAUACUGUGUGUGUGUGUGUGUGUGUGUGUGUGUGUGUGUGUGUGUGUGUGUGUGUGUGAGUGAGAGAGAGAGAGAGUCACUUGUGGGAAAGGGUACAGUUGCAAUUCACCUUGCGGACUACAGAGGGCUCUAAAACAUCAAAUGACUGAAGUAAGUGUCUGUUCUGGAAUAUGUAGGAUCCUCGGUGUAAAAUUGUGUGACAGUUUUCUAUAGCUUAUGAGGAAACAAUGGUUCUCGAUGGACUUAAACUCUGGACCUGACUGUGUGGAGAUAUAAAUCGUCUAAUUCAAAUCAUUAGGACUUCAGUAGAUCACUGUAUAUGGGUGUAAAUGGACUUGGUAGGCCUUUAACAUUAGUUGGCUUUUCAUUUGCCGACUAAUAACCAGCAAACAGUAUUUAUUUUUAUAAUGGCCUGCCCUGUCUCUUAAGUUCAAAAUGUUCACUUUUUAACCUGCCACCACAUAUCGUCGUCAUCUUAGGUUUAGUCAAUUCCGGUAUUUCCCCGACUAUAAGAUGCUUUUUUGGAUUCCUAUAGUAGAUGCUGUGAUUUUUUUAAAAUAAAUAAAUAAAUAAAAUAGUUAUUUAUUUAUUUAUUUUGCAGUGAAGUGACUGCCUUCACAGAUAUUUGACCAAAUGGUGAUCAAAUGAAAAACUCCAUUCUUUGCGUAUGGGUAAGAGAUUGUUGAAGUUCUGAUUAUUAUUAUUAUUAUUAUUAUUAUUAUUAUUAUUAGCAUGUUCAUGUCAUUUCAGCAAAUACUGGCCUUAUUGUUAACUGUGGAAAGUCUUUUCCGUUGCGUUUUUUUUUUUUUAAGUCAUAUUAGUUUACAAAGUGACCUCACACAUUCACGUUUCACAAAAAAAAUUGGGCAGUUUUUACAAGUAGGAUGGCCCACACUCAUAAUUAUUGAAGAUGCAUCAACGUGCUUUAUACAACUUAGCAACUUGUAGCAAUAUAGCAGCUUAGGGGGCAUCUUAUAGUCUGGAAAAUACAGUUAUACCUUUUAAUAAGUUUUUAAUGUAGCAUAGAGUGUAGUGAACGUGGGAAAAGACAGAGUACAUGGACAUCCAAGUCCCCCCCCCCUUCUUCGCCCGCCUGUAAGGCCUACCUUAUUGGUAAGAUUUUACUUUUUUGUUGUCUGAGAGUGAUUUGAUUUUUUUUUUUUUUUCCUUUUUUUCUUUUCCCCACCUCUAUCGAGGCAUCUGAGAGAAUGUUUAAGGCUCUGCUUCAGACUCGAUGAGAGCAUUGUGAAAUGACUCCAGAAGCAUUUUGUGUGCGUGUCUGCAUUCGAAUCGUUUUAAACUAUGGGUUUGUACAGUCGUGUAUAAUUUGAUUUACUCGUGUCUGUAUCAUUUAUCAGAUGCAUGUGUAUAGCUUUCCACAGUAGUGGUUCUGUGAACAUGCUGACCGUUUGAUCAGCAGUUUUAUCCUUCCAGUACCUUUUUUUUUUUUUUUUUUUUUGUAUUAAGGGGAUUGUCUGGACAUGAGUGCAAGUGGAAUCUGCAGUACGAUUACUCUUAUUACUUACUAGAACGUUUGUCAAACUAAUUUCUCAUUUUCCUUUUUUUAUUUUAUUUUAUUUUCUUUUUAUAAACCAUAGGAUUUCUCCUAGGUAGCUGCAGCUUGUCUCAUUCAAUAUAUCUGUUUCUAAUAUAAUGAGUCUUUAAAGACUGUUAGUGGGAGAUGUGAGUUCCUGCACUUAAAUCUGUCAAUCAGUGCCUUAAGGUUAGACGAAGUUAAAUGACCAGUCUCUGCGUUUUCUGGUCAUCUUGUGUACAAGAUGCUUCUGCAACCCCUCUAGAAAGUGACAGUUUGUCACUCCAGGUCUGUGUCUUGUAGGUGGGACCUGUCCAGUAUCCCUGAACAUGUCAUUUUUAAACCAUUAAAAAUAAUCUGUACAAAAGAAUCGAUUUGUUUGCUAUACUGACCAAACAACUAAAGAUAAUAGAAACCUCUUUAACAGAUUUGUCUUGGGUUAGUUAAACACUAGUGUGAAUUUCGUAUCUCUGUCUUGAUUGGUAUCGUGAUUUGUACGUGUAUGUUCAUGUGAAUCAGUCAUUCAAGAGAAGUUCACCUUUUAAAAGUAAGAUUUUUUUUGAACGCAGAAAAUAUCUGGAUUAUUCUGAAAAUCUUAUUUCUUAUUCUUAAAUCUUAUUCUGUUAAUCUUAUUCAGAAUGGUAGAAAUUGAGACCAGCAACCUAUUAAAACCGAGUGUACACAAUUUUUAUGGACAUCAGAUAUUGGCUCCAGUCAAAACCUACAGUAUAAAAUUUAGAUUAGUCACUAUGGGAAUAAAUUUAGGAAAAUACCAGUUUGCUUUUUGCCCAAUAUCAUUGCUUCAUGAAGUUUGAAAGAAUGGUCUCCUGAUGUUUUUCUACUUAUUAGUAUGAUCACACACACUUUACACAUUGAACUAGCAUUUAGAGUAGCCAAUGGUUUGUUGUUUUUUUUUAAACUUGUAAAUUCAGACAAUCCAAGUUUGUAUAAGAUUGUUUGUUUUGAGAUUAUAAACUUCCUACGUGUUGCUGUAUCUCACUUUUGGCGACGACUAUACGGAGGUAGAUAUAUAGUUUAUAUAAAAUGUUGGUUCACUUAAAGGUUUCUUUUGAAUAAAACUGUGUAAAAUGAA